AUGCGGCCUAAAGCUACUCGGGUUGCCUUGGUCGCAACUUUCACUCUGGUUCUCGCAUCGCUGGCGACCGCGCUUCCGCACGGCGAUGAAUCAAUGGACAUGGACAUGGGAAUGGAUAUGGAUAUGCAUGCAAGUACCAGUGUGCCGCAGCCCACGGCGACUGCUGCUAGCGACGGUCCGAUGAGCUAUUUUGCCUAUAGCAAGCACUCCGGUGCUAUCAUGGCUCACAUUGCUCUCAUGGUUCUGGGCUGGUGUUUCGUUCUUCCUGUUGCUGUCAUGUUGAGCAUUGCCCGCUCGUGGCUGGCGAUUCCGUCACAAUUCCUUUUUCUCGCUUUCAACGGUUUCGGUGUCCUGCUCGGAGUCGUAUAUAACAGCCAGACGCCAGACCUCUACCCGAACAAUGCACACCACAAGAUUGGUUGGAUCGCAACGUGUGUCGUCAGUGCGCAGGUUGUUCUGGCUCUGCUCUUUGCUUAUGCCGGCCGGGGCCAGCCGGAAGCGACUGCGCAAUCUUAUGAACAUGCUACUUUCUUGCCUGUCGCGACUGACGAUCACGAUCACGAGCACACUUACCUCAAUGGCCCGAUGCAUGAGCGUCGCUGGUCUCGUGAUAGCGGUCAGGGUACAGACAGUAACUCUUCUAUCCGUGGUCCUGCAUCGCCCUCUUGUGAAUCGUCUGCCGAAUACGAUGGAUUCGAAAAGCCAGAAGAAUUGCCUGCGAAGGCUAGUGCUGCGCGCAGCUGGAUCCAUAACACGGGUGUUGGUCGAUUCCUGUCCAAGCGUCUCCCUGGUCUGAUUCCCAGCCGGGCUCUUCGAAUUCUGAAUGUUGUGUAUAAUAUUGUUGACCGCGUCAUUCUUCCAUUCGGAUUCGUUGCUCUCGCGACUGGCGCUGUAACUUAUGGGGGCAUCAUGAGAGAUCGUGAGAUCUUCAAUGGACUUGCUCACUUUAUCAAGGGCGGUAUCUUCUUCUGGUAUGGUAUCCUCACCCUUGGUCGCUAUAUCGGCUGCUGGUCAGACUUGGGUUGGGCCUGGAACAAGAAGCCCCCUGCGUCUAUUGUUGGUUGGAAAUCCAAGGUUCCUUCGGGCGAAGCUACCGAAUCCUUUGUCAUUUUCCUAUAUGGUGCAUCAAAUGUGUUCUUGGAGCACCUCUCUAAUGCGGGCAAGAAAUGGUCCGCAACAGAUCUCGAGCACGUCUCGAUCUCCGUGUUGUUCUUCGGCGGCGGCCUGGCCGGCAUGCUCUUCGAAUCCACCCGUAUUCGUGAAUGGUUGAACAGCACUGUCCUCCAAACGCCUGCUCAUGGUACUUCCGAUGAAGCUUGGCAGCCCCCCAAGUCCCAGGGAGUGUCAUUGAAUCCAAUGCCAGCCCUGGUCAUCAUGUUGCUUGGUAUGAUGAUGGGGUCGCACCAUCAAACCAGCAUGACGUCGACUAUGGUGCACAAACAGUGGGGUAACAUGCUGGUAGGAUUCGCGAUUGCUCGCGGCAUGACCUACGUUUUGGUGUUCCUCAAGCCACCGACCUCGUACCUCCCGGCUCGUCCUCCGACUGAAAUCAUUGCCGCGUUUUGUCUGAUCUCGGGAGGCCUCAUUUUCAUGCUGAGUACCCGCAAUGUGAUUGAAGCGAUGGAGUAUUACGAGCUCGACGCCAUGUUCACCUUCACCGUCGGUCUCGGUUUCAGCGCCUUCAUCAUGGCAUACGAGGUCUUGACGAUCGCUCUCAAAGCCUGGGCUGUCCGACGUGCUCAGCGCUCCAACUUCCGCUUCCAAUAA